AUGAUCCCCAAGGAGCAGAAGGAGCCAGUGAUGGCUGUCAUGGGAGAUCUUGCUGAACCAGUCCCUUCGCUGGACCUGGGGAAGAAGCUGAGUGUGCCUCAGGACCUGAUGAUAGAAGAACUGUCUCUCGGCAACAACCCGGGAUCCCUCCUCUUUCAGAAGAGGCAGCGCCGGGUGCAAAAGUUUACCUUUGAGCUUUCAGAAAGUUUGCAGGGUAUCCUGGCGGGAAGUGCCCGAGGGAAAGCGGCUGACAGAGCGGCGCUGGGGACGGUUCCCAAUGGCCCGGAGGAGCAGAGCCACCGCUCCGAGCUCCACGUGUUCCAGGGGUCACCGGGGGACCCCAGGAUCGCCCACCCGGGAGUGUCUGGGGUCGAGUCGGUCCGUAGUCCAAGCGCCCUGGCGCCAGGCUAUGCGGAGCCGCUGAAGGGCAUCCCGCCCGAGAAGUUCAACCACACCGCCAUCCCCAAAGGCUACCGUUGUCCGUGGCAGGAGUUCGUCAGCUACCGAGACUACCCGAGUGGCGGCGGAAGUCACACACCCAUUCUCCGCGACUAUCGCAACUUCAACAAGACCCCAGUGCCAUUUGGAGGACCCCGUGUUGGGGAGACCAUUUUCCAAGCCGGCGCCCCCUUUGUCCCGGAGCCCUUCAGUGGCUUGGAACUCCUCCGGCUCAGACCCAGUUUCAACAGAGUUGCUCAGGGCUGGGUCCGGAAGCUCCCCGAGUCCGAGGAGCUGUAGCCCCAACUGGAAGCUCCAAUCUCUGGGCUUUGGGGCUCAAGAAACAUCAUGUUUCUCUUAACUCUGCUUGCAGCUGUUUGUAGAAUGUUUGCCUAACAAGCACAAAGCCCUGGGUUUGAUUCCUAGCACCAUGUAAACUAGGCAUAGUGGGCAUGCCUAAAAUCCCGGCACUCGGGAG